AUGAAAUUGAUGCCCCUGACUCCGGGUCAGGUGUCAACGAUAACGCGGCACGGCGGUGGAGUCGGUGUUAGCGGUGGCCUAGGCAGUGGCCUAAGCGGCGGUGCUGCAGUCGGGGGUGGUGCGACCAACGGCGGCACCACCGGCGGCCCGGGUAUGACCAACAACGCGGCCGCCGCGGCUUUCGUGUUCAACAGCGGUGCAGCGGCCGCCGCUGACCUGUUCUGGCGUUACCACCAUCACCACCCGCACCACGGUGGUGCCUUCAACUUCCCGCCUUCGCCAACCCUGUUGCCACCCACUCCGUUCCCGUCGCCACUCGACUUCAAACACCACUUGCCAGCCAACCUUAUUACCGACCCGAGAAUCUGGACCAAAGAGGACGUGACCGCGUUCAUACAGUGGGCUGAAGUGGAAUUCGACUUGCCGCGAUUCGAAACCGAACUGUUCCAGAUGAACGGCAAAGCGCUGUGCCUAUUGACCAAACAAGACCUGGGCGAACGGUGUCCGGGCGCCGGCGACCUGCUCUACAACGUGCUGCAACUGUUGCGGCGCGGCGGUGACAUGAUGGGCACCGGAAGUGCCGGACACCUGCCCGGCAGCCCGGUCGCCUCGCACUUCCCUUUCAGCCCCACGUGGUGUCUGCCGGCACCUUCUUCGCCGGCCGUCCUCAGCCCGGCCCCGUCCAUAGACAGCCAGUCAGACAGCCCUCGGCACCUGGACUACCACCAUCAGCAGCCGCCGGUCGGCUCCACCACAACCACAGUCGGCCACCACCUCACGCCCAGCGUGUCUAUAUUUCCGACGACUCCGACAAUUGGAUACUCGAACAAUGGCGGCACGAGCUCUGGCGGCAGCAAUCAAUCCGAUUCCGACCCAGAAGAAUCGUCUGCUAGCAGUGGCACGUUGAACUUACCGCCGCCCACGCCUACCACCCCUUCUUCGUCAACGUCACCACCGCCAUACUCUCCUUCUACGCCCAAACAGUCGAAUGGAAAUAUAUUCUUCCCGUCUGGCGGUGAUUCAAACUCAAUCGAACCAAAUACAAAUGGUCGACUCUUGUGGGAUUUCCUACAGCAACUGCUGAACGAUGGCCAACAGCGUUUCACCGGCUUCAUAGCGUGGAAAAACCAAGAAAUGGGAGUGUUCAAGAUUGUCGACCCCCCGGGUCUGGCCAAACUGUGGGGCAUACAGAAGAACCACUUGUCCAUGAACUAUGACAAAAUGUCCAGAGCCUUGCGUUACUAUUACAGGGUAAACAUCCUCAGGAAGGUGCAGGGCGAAAGACACUGCUACCAGUUUCUUCGUAACCCCAGCGAAUUAAAAUGCAUAAAAAAUAUAUCUCUAUUGCGUCAGCAAAUGGCAUCCACGCCUCAAACUCCAACUACAACUACUCCCAAACUCGAAUCAACAGGAGAUGUAUCUGAUGAAGACUAUAAACCAACCGACUUGAGCAUGUCGUGUCCACCCAGCUCGUGGCAGGAAGGACCUCAAGACUUGUCGACAGCGUCGACUAGUUCAUCAAUGCAACUUCAGCUCAACAUGUCUACUUCCAUGACCCCACCAGUAUCUUCUGGAAUGACGAAAGCAGCUCUUAAACUUGAACAAGCUUCAUAG